AUGCCUUUGUUGAAAUGUUCAAAAGAAGAAUUAAACCUUGGAGCAGUGCUGUUAAGUGGCCAGUCAUUCAGGUGGAAAAAAUCGGUAGAAAGUAAUGGUAAAAAUACUGCUUCUUCAUCAAAUGACCUAUUUCUUGGUGUUGCUAAACAUCGGAUAUGGAAGGUUUGGCGAGAGAAUGACGAACAGUUAGGGUAUGAGGUGCUGGCAAAAUUUUCAAAAGCUCGUGGGAGCGACUUGGAUGUUCUCAAAGAUUAUUUCCAGCUCAAUAUCAAGCUAGUGCCAUUAUAUAAGCUCUGGGCCGAAAAUGAUAAGCAUUUCGCUCAUCUUUUGGAGAAUCAUCGAACGAAGUUCGAAGGAAUUCGUGUUCUUGGGCAAGAUCCAGUGGAAACUGUUUUUGCAUUUAUUUGUUCUGCAAAUAAUCACAUCCGACGUAUCACAAAUAUGGUUGAGACAUUAUGUGAGCUGUACGGCGAAAGCACUAAUAUUCCUUGUGCAAAUGGCAUUAAAACAUUUUAUGAUUUUGCUGAUCUAAAACGAAUGGCUGAUGAUCCUAUGUUAGAAACAAUUUUGCGAGUUCAUGGUUUCGGUUACCGCGCGUUGAACAUUGCACUUGCCUCCAAAGAACUCGAAAACAACGGCGAACAAUUUCUAGAAAAUUUGUCAAGGGGUACUUACAAAGAUGCGGUGGAAAAACUUCGACAAAUGCGAGGGAUUGGCGCAAAGGUUGCAGACUGCAUAUGUCUAAUGGGACUACGCAUGCACUCUGUUGUACCAAUUGAUACGCAUAUAUUACAAAUUACAACAGAAAAUUACUUGAAAACAUUGCCGCAAAGAAAAUUUUUACAAGGGAAAGAUCGACAACAAAUUGCAGUUAUUUGGCAAGAAAAAUUUGGCCGUUACGCCGGUUGGGCUCAAGCCGUUUUAUUCACAGCACAUUUGCGACAGAUGAACAUCAGGCAACCAGCGAAGAGAUUAUCAAAGAUAAAAGCAGUAAAGCCAUAUUAA